UCCUGUUAUACAGAUCACCAAAUGGCGGACGACGCCGGUGGUAGAGGAGGUUUCCGUGGAGGUUUCGGAGGCGGUGGUGGCGGCGGCGGCGACCGUGGCGGCUUCGGCGACCGAGGCCGCGGCGGCCGGGGCCGUGGACGCGGCAGAGGCCGUGGAAGGGGCCGCGGAGCCCGGGGCAAGUCCGAGGACAAGGAAUGGAUUCCAGUCACCAAGCUGGGCCGCCUGGUCAAGGACAUGAAGAUCAAGUCCCUGGAGGAGAUCUACCUGUAUUCUCUGCCCAUCAAGGAGUCAGAGAUCAUCGACUUCUUCCUGGCCACUGGCCUGAAGGACGAGGUGCUGAAGAUCAUGCCUGUCCAGAAGCAGACCAGGGCCGGUCAGCGCACCAGGUUCAAGGCCUUUGUUGCCAUUGGUGACUACAACGGCCACGUUGGUCUGGGGGUGAAGUGCUCCAAAGAGGUGGCCACAGCCAUCCGUGGAGCCAUCAUCCUGGCCAAGCUGUCCAUCGUCCCCGUCAGGAGAGGAUAUUGGGGUAACAAGAUCGGUAAGCCCCACACCGUGCCCUGCAAGGUGACUGGUCGCUGCGGCUCCGUCUUGGUGCGUCUCAUCCCCGCCCCCCGCGGUACCGGCAUCGUGUCGGCCCCUGUCCCCAAGAAGCUGCUCACGAUGGCUGGUAUCGACGAUUGCUACACCUCUGCCAGGGGCUGCACCGCAACCCUCGGCAACUUUGCCAAGGCCACCUUUGAUGCCAUCUCAAAGACUUACAGCUACCUGACCCCUGAUCUCUGGAAGGAGACAGUCUUCACCAAGUCUCCAUACCAGGAGUUCACUGACCAUCUGGCCAAGACUCACACCAGGGUGUCUGUGCAGAGGGGCCAGCCUGUCCCACCGCCUACCUCCUAAACUUUUUGUACAAUGAAUCGUUGAAUAAACAAUUCUGAAACAA